AUGCUGCCUAACGGCCAAGGGGGCGGCUUCCGGCCCCCGCCACAUCCACCUGGGGGGCUCGGUGGCCCCCACGGGCCUCCGCCAGGGAUGCCACACCCGCCGGUGUCCCACAUGCGGCAGGGCCUUCCGGUGCCGCCGCCGCCAGGCUUUCCGGUAGGCGUGCCUGGGGCUCUUGGCCCGCCGUCUUCGCCCCCGCCGCACGCCGCGGGCCUGUUCGCCCCGCCUCACCAGCAAUGCCCGCCGCCGGCCGGCGCGCCUGGGCAUUCGCAGCGCCUGCCGCCUGGCGGUGCGAUGUUCAUGCCUCCACCUGGCUUUGCGGGCUUUUCGCAGCCGAAUGCGCGGAGCCCACACCCGCACAACAUGAGCCCGCCGCACGCGCAGGCGCAUCCGGGGCGUGGCAGGCCGCACGGCUCGGGUCCGAGGGCCCACGGGGUGUCUCCGUCGGGAGCGGUGGGCGGUCCGGGGGGCGGGCCUUCGCACCCGAACGGCGCAGGAAAGCCGUUCUACGGCGCAGAUCUUCGCAAGCUGGACGCGUCUGGCCCGGGCUCCUUUGGAGGAGCGCCCUCCGGAGGGUCAGCUGGCAAGGCAGGGCAGUUCUCUAGAAAAGGCGAGAACGGCUACAGCCACCACGGUCUGCCGGGCGCGAACCCGCCGGCUGUGUUUUCGCGCUAUCCGCCGCCGCUCCCGGGGCUGCAGCCGACGACGAGCCAAGCGCCUGGCGCGGGCGCGGGCGGCGGCGCGCCGCGGGAGGCGCGGCCGAAGGUGAAGUCGGCGGAGGAACUCUUGGCGGAGAAGGCGCGCAAGUGGCAGCAGUUGAACACGAAGCGCUACGGCGAGAAGUCGAAGCUAGUGGGGGGGGGCCACGACACGACCAAAGAGGAGAUGCCUCCGGAACAUCUGCGGAAGCUGAUCAAAGAUCACGGAGACAUGACUAGCAAGAAGUUCCGCCACGACAAACGCGUGUACCUGGGCGCGCUCAAGUACGUGCCGCAUGCAGUCUACAAGUUGCUGGAGAACAUGCCGAUGCCUUGGGAGCAGGUGCGCAACGUCGCGGUUCUGUACCACAUCACUGGCGCCAUCACCUUCGUGAACGAGAUUCCCUGGGUCGUCGAGCCGAUCUACCUCGCGCAGUGGGGCACGAUGUGGAUCAUGAUGCGCCGCGAGAAGCGCGACCGCCGGCACUUCAAGCGCAUGCGCUUCCCGCCCUUUGACGACGAAGAGCCGCCGCUGGACUACGGCGACAACGUCCUCGACGUCGAGCCGCUGGAGGCUAUCCAGAUGCAGCUCGACGAAGAAGAGGACGCGCCUGUGAUGGACUGGCUGUAUGACUCCAAGCCGCUGCAGCAUGACAAGCGCUACAUCUCAGGGCCCUCGUAUCGCCAGUGGCGACUGGAGAUCAGGCAGCUGAGUGUGUUGUACCGCCUGGCAAACCAGCUCGUGUCUGACCUGCAGGACAAGAACUACUUCUACCUCUUCAACCUGGAGAGCUUCUACACUGCUAAGGCGCUGAACAUGGCGAUUCCCGGCGGUCCCAAGUUCGAGCCGCUCUUCAGAGACCUGCACGAAGAAGACGAAGACUGGAACGAGUUCAACGACAUCAACAAAAUCAUCAUUCGCCAGCAAAUCCGAACCGAAUACAAGAUCGCCUUCCCGUACCUCUACAACAACCGCCCGCGAAAAGUCGCCGUGGCCGUGUACAGAGAACCCACCUGUUCCUUCGUCAAACCCGAAGACCCCGAGCUGCCUGCUUUCUACUACGAUGCUAUCGUUAAUCCUCUCCCCGCCUACAAAAGCGGUUCCUCCACUACUGCGCAGCAAGAUAUGUCGAUGUUUGACGACUUUGUGCUCCCGCGGGAGAUCCAGCCACUGCUCCAGGACGCGCCGCUGUCGACAGACACCACGGUCGACGGCAUCAUGUUGUACUGGGCCUGCCGCCCGUUCAACCUACGCUCGGGACGCACGCGGCGCAGCAUCGACGUGCCUCUCGUGCAGUCUUGGUAUCGCGAGCACGUCCCGACGAACUACCCGGUGAAGGUGCGCGUCUCGUAUCAGAAGCUGCUCAAGUGCUGGGUGUUGAAUCACUUGCACCAGCGGCCGCCCAAGUCGCUCAAGAAGCGCUACCUCUUCCGCGUCUUCAAGGGAACCAAGUUCUUCCAGUGCACCGAGCUGGACUGGGUCGAGGUCGGUCUGCAGGUCGCCCGCCAGGGCUACAACAUGCUCAAUUUGCUCAUCCACCGCAAGAAUCUAAACUACCUCCACCUCGACUACAACUUCAACCUGAAACCGGUGAAAACACUGACGACCAAGGAACGCAAAAAGAGUAGAUUCGGAAACGCCUUCCACCUGUGCAGAGAAAUCCUCCGCCUCACCAAACUCGUUGUCGACUCCCACGUACAGUAUCGUCUGGGGAACGUGGACGCGUUUCAGUUGGCGGACGGUCUGCAGUACACGUUUGCGCACGUGGGUCAGCUGACGGGCAUGUAUCGCUACAAGUACCGUCUGAUGCGGCAGGUUCGCAUGUGCAAGGAUUUGAAGCACCUGGUGUAUUACCGCUUCAACACCGGCCCUGUCGGGAAGGGCCCCGGGUGCGGCUUCUGGGCGCCAGUGUGGCGCGUGUGGCUGUUUUUCCUGCGCGGUGUUUUGCCGCUGCUGGAGCGCUGGCUGGGCAACUUGCUGGCGCGUCAGUUCGAGGGACGCGUCUCGAAGGGCGUUGCGAAGACAGUCACCAAGCAGCGCGUCGAGAGUCACUUCGAUCUGGAGCUCCGCGCCGCCGUCAUGCAUGACAUUCUGGAUACGAUGCCGGAGGGCGUCAAGGCAAACAAGGCGCGCACGAUUCUGCAGCACCUUAGCGAGGCCUGGCGCUGCUGGAAGGCGAACAUCCCCUGGAAGGUCCCAGGGCUCCCGGCGCCAGUCGAGAACAUGAUUUUGCGCUACGUCAAGAUGAAGGCAGACUGGUGGACGAACGCCGCGUACUACAACCGCGAGCGCAUCCGCAGAGGCGCGACGGUCGAUAAAACAGUCUGCAAGAAGAACUUGGGGCGCCUCACGCGGCUGUGGCUGAAAGCUGAGCAGGAGCGCCAGCACGCGUACCUGAAAGACGGCCCCUACAUCACUGGUGAAGAGGCCGUCGCCAUCUACACGACCGCAGUCCACUGGCUAGAGAGCAGGAAGUUCACGCACAUUCCCUUCCCGCCGCUGAACUAUAAGCACGACACGAAGCUGCUCAUCCUCGCGCUCGAGCGGCUGAAAGAGCUGUACUCGGUCAAGUCAAGGCUGAACCAGCUGCAGCGCGAAGAGCUCGGCUUGAUUGAGCAGGCCUACGACAACCCGCACGAGGCGCUCUCGCGCAUCAAGCGCCAUUUGCUCACGCAGCGCGCGUUCAAGGAACUUACGCUCGAGUUCAUGGACCUUUACAGCCACCUCGUCCCGAUUUACGAAGUGGAUCCACUCGAGAAAAUCACCGACGCCUACCUUGACCAGUACCUCUGGUACGAGGCCGACUCACGACACCUCUUCCCCAACUGGGUGAAACCCGCAGACUCCGAACCGCCGCCCCUCCUCGUCUACAAAUUCUGCCAAGGCAUCAACAACCUCACAGACGUCUGGAAGACCAGCGACGGAGAAGCCGUUGUCCUUCUCGAAACUAAAUACGAAAAGGUGUACGAGAAGAUCGACUUGACGUUGCUGAAUCGUCUGCUGCGUCUCAUCGUGGAUCACAACAUCGCGGACUACAUCACAGCGAAGAACAACGUGAACAUCAGCUUCAAAGACAUGAACCACAUCAACUCGUUCGGGUUGAUUCGCGGGCUCCAAUUCGCCUCCUUCGUCUUCCAGUACUACGGCCUGAUUCUCGAUCUUCUGGUGCUUGGUCUCACGCGCGCCACUGAGCUGGCAGGGCCGCCGAACUUGCCAAACGACUUCCUCACCUUCACGGACGUGGAGACCGAAACCCGCCACCCGAUUCGCCUUUUCUGCCGCUACAUCGAUCGCUUCUGGAUCGUCUUCCGCUUUGAAAAGGAGGAAGCUCGCGACCUCGUCCAGCGCUACCUGACUGAAAACCCUGACCCCAACAACGAAAACAUCGUUGGCUACAACAACAAGAGCUGCUGGCCGCGAGACUGCCGCAUGCGAAGGAUGAAGCACGACGUUAACCUGGGUCGCGCGGUCUUCUGGGAGAUCGAGAAUCGUUUGCCGCGCAGUGUCUGCACGUUGGAGUGGAGCAACUCGUUUGCGUCGGUGUACUCGAAGGACAACCCAAACUUGCUGUUUGCGAUGUGCGGCUUCGAAGUGCGUAUUCUGCCCAAGAUCCGCACGUAUACCGAGGAAUUUUCUCAGCGCGAGGGCGUGUGGAAGCUGCAGAACGAAGUGACGAAGGAGAUGGCCGCGCAGGCGUUCCUGAAGGUUGGUGACGAGGGCAUGAAGCGCUUCGAAAACCGCGUGCGACAGAUCCUUAUGGCGAGUGGCGCGACGACGUUCACCAAGAUCGCAAACAAAUGGAACACGACGCUGAUCUCACUCAUGACCUACUUCCGCGAAGCGGUCAUCCACACUGAGGCGCUGCUCGACUUGCUAGUCAAGUGCGAAAACAAGAUUCAGACUCGUAUCAAGAUCGGCCUGAACUCAAAAAUGCCUUCCCGUUUCCCCCCCGUCGUGUUCUACACCCCUAAAGAACUCGGCGGCCUCGGCAUGCUCUCCAUGGGACACAUCCUCAUUCCGCAGAGCGACCUCCGCUACUCAAAGCAAACCGAAACAGGCAUCACGCACUUCCGCAGCGGCAUGAGUCACGAGGAAGACCAGCUCAUCCCCAACUUGUAUCGAUAUAUCCAGACCUGGGAGUCGGAGUUCAUUGAGUCGCAACGCGUGUGGGCGGAGUAUGCGUUGAAGCGCAGCGAAGCGGCUGCGCAGAAUCGGCGCUUGACGCUGGAGGAUCUCGAGGACUCGUGGGAUCGCGGUAUUCCGCGCAUCAACACGCUGUUCCAGAAGGACAGACACACACUCGCUUACGACAAAGGCUGGCGCGUGCGGCAGGACUUCAAGCAGUAUCAGCAGAUGAAGGCGCACCCCUUUUGGUGGACUCACCAACGCCACGACGGCAAGCUGUGGAACUUGAACAACUACCGCACAGAUAUGAUUCAGGCGCUCGGAGGUGUCGAAGGCAUUCUUGAGCACACGCUCUUCAAAGGCACCUAUUUUCCCACGUGGGAAGGUCUCUUUUGGGAAAAAGCUUCAGGUUUCGAAGAGAGCAUGAAGUACAAGAAGCUUACCAACGCCCAGCGUUCGGGUCUGAAUCAGAUUCCGAAUCGUCGCUUCACUCUCUGGUGGUCACCCACGAUCAACAGAGCGAAUGUGUAUGUCGGUUUCCAGGUCCAACUGGAUUUGACUGGUAUCUUCAUGCACGGCAAGAUCCCGACGCUGAAGAUUUCGCUGAUUCAAAUUAUGCGAGCGCACUUGUGGCAGAAAGUCCACGAGUCAAUCGUCAUGGAUCUUUGCCAGGUGUUUGAUUUGGAGUUGGAUUCUCUGGAAAUUGAGAUGGUGCAGAAGGAGACGAUUCACCCGCGCAAGUCUUACAAGAUGAACUCGUCGUGUGCGGAUAUUCUUCUUUUCGCUGCAUACAAGUGGCAAGUUUCCAAGCCUUCUCUGUUGGCUGACGGAAAGGACGUUAUGGACGGCACCACCACCUCGAAGUACUGGCUCGACAUUCAGCUGCGUUGGGGCGACUUCGACAGCCACGAUAUUGAGCGAUACUGCCGCAGCAAGUUCCUCGACUACACGACAGACAACAUGUCCAUCUACCCCUCUCCGACCGGUGUGCUUAUGGGUGUCGACCUCGCCUACAACCUUCACUCUGGCUUCGGAAACUGGUUCCCAGGUCUGAAGCCUCUCAUGCAGCGCGCCAUGAACAAAAUCAUGAAGUCGAACCCGGCGCUGUACGUGCUGCGCGAGCGCAUCAGGAAGGGUCUGCAGCUGUACUCCUCGGAGCCGACGGAGCCUUACUUGACCUCGCAGAACUACGGCGAGCUGUUCAGCAACCAGACGAUUUGGUUCGUAGACGACACGAACGUGUACCGCGUCACAAUUCACAAGACGUUCGAAGGCAACUUGACCACCAAACCCGUCAACGGCGCGAUCUUCAUCUUCAACCCGCGAACGGGUCAGCUGUUCCUGAAGAUUAUUCACACGUCGGUGUGGGCGGGUCAGAAGCGUUUAACGCAGCUGGCCAAGUGGAAGACGGCCGAGGAAGUUGCUGCGUUGAUUCGUUCGCUGCCGGUUGAGGAGCAGCCGAAGCAGUUGAUUGCGACGCGCAAGGGCAUGUUGGAUCCUCUGGAGGUGCAUUUGUUGGAUUUCCCGAACAUUGUGAUCAAAGGCAGCGAGCUGAAUCUGCCGUUUCAGGCGAUCAUGAAGGUGGAGAAGUUCGGCGACAUGAUUCUGAAGGCCACGCAGCCCGAGAUGGUGCUGUUCAACAUGUACGAUGACUGGCUCAAGUCGAUCUCGUCCUACACGGCCUUCUCGCGCCUGCUGCUGCUUCUCCGCGCGAUGCAUGUGAACACGGAGAGCACCAAGGUGAUUCUGAAGCCGAACAAGACGACGGUCACGCAGAGUCACCACAUCUGGCCGAGUCUGACUGACGAGGAGUGGAUUCACGUCGAAGUCGCGCUGAAGGACUUGAUUCUCGCCGACUACGGCAAGAAGAACAACGUGAACGUCGCCUCGCUGACGCAGAGCGAAAUCCGGGACAUCAUUCUCGGAAUGGAGAUCUCGCCGCCGUCGAUUCAGCGCCAGCAGAUCGCCGAAAUCGAGACGCAGACGAAGGACAUCAGCCAGGUCACCGCGACGACGACGCGCAGCGUCAACGCACACGGCGACGAAAUCAUCGUCUCCACGCAGUCUCCGCACGAGCAGCAAGUCUUCAGCUCCAAGACCGACUGGCGCAUCCGCGCGAUCUCCGCGGCCUCGCUGCACCUGCGCACGCACCACAUCUACGUCAACUCGGACGACAUCAAGGAGUCGGGCUACACGUACGUUUUCCCGAAGAACCUGCUCAAAAAGUUCAUCUGCGUCGCAGACCUCCGCACGCAGAUCGCGGCCUACCUUUACGGCGUCUCGCCCCCCGACAACGAACACGUCAAGGAAGUCCGCGCCAUGGUCUUCGUGCCCCAGGUCGGGAGCCACCAGAGCGUCUCGCUGCCGCAGGCGCUGCCUGAGCACAGCUACUUGCAGGACCUCGAGCCGAUUGGCUGGAUUCACACGCAGCCGAACGAAAACCCGCAGCUCUCCCCGCAGGACGUCACCGCCCACGCCAAGAUCCUCAACGAAAACAAGGCCUGGGACGCCGCCACCACCGUCAUCAUCACCUGCUCCUUCACGCCGGGCAGCUGCUCGCUCACCGCCUACAAACUCACGCCCCAGGGCUACCAAUGGGGCAAAUCCAACAAGGACAACGGCCCAAACCCCUCGGGAUACCUGCCGACGCACUACGAGAAGGUGCAAAUGCUGCUCAGCGACGUUUUCCUCGGCUUCUUCAUGGUCCCCGAAGGUGGCCUGUGGAACUACAACUUUAUGGGCGUCAAGCACUCGCCCUCGAUGAAGUACAACCUCGUGCUCGACGCACCGAAGGAAUUUUACCACGAGCAGCACAGACCCUCGCAUUACCUGCAGUUCACGCAGAUGGAGACGGCCACCGAGGCAGUGGGCGCAGAUCGCGAGGAUCUCUUCGCCUAG